UCCGAUUAUUUACCUGUCACUGUCACCUGUCCCAACAAAACGUCAAACGUUCACAGUGUCCGUGUCCGAAGACCGAAUUAAAUCUGAUAAAACGUGUCAACAAACAGUGCACAAGCCACAAAAACAACACUGAUAACCGAGUUAUGGAAUUAAUAAAAACACCCAAAGUCGAAAAUGUACGAAUGUUGGAUAGAUUCUGCAAAACCCCAUCGUUGGGCACCCUCUACCUCACGGCGACCCAUUUGAUUUUCGUCGAUCCUGAUGCAAAAAAGGAGACUUGGAUCUUGCAUAUGCAUAUCGCCAACGUCGAAAAACUGACGCUGACCACAACCGGAUCACCGCUUUUGAUCCGCACUAAAACAUUCCUGUCUGUUACUUUCGUGAUCCCUAAAGAGAGGGAUUGCCACGAUAUCUACAUCACUCUUCAGCAACUGUCCCAGCCCAGCAACGUCGAGGACUUGUAUUGCUUUACGUACACGUCGCCCGUUGAGGACAUCCCGAAAGCCACAGGCUGGGAUUUUUUCAACCUUCAGAAGGAGUACGAACGCAUGGGGGUUCCAAAUGACCAGUGGUGCGUGACCAAACUCAACACAGAUUACGAGUUGUGUGAAACUUAUCCUAAAUAUCUCAUUGUUCCCGCCUCUGCCAACAUCACAACUCUCAUGGGGAGUUCCAAGUUUCGUUCAAAAGGGCGCUUGCCUGUUCUCUCCUACUUACAUCACAACAAAGCUAGUAUUAGUAGGUGUAGUCAGCCGUUGUCGGGUUUCAGCGCGAGGUGUUUGGAAGACGAGAAAAUGCUAAAUCAUGUCUUGAGGACUAAUCCUAAUUCUAACUUCAUGUACGUUGUUGAUACGAGACCAAAGAUCAACGCCAUGGCCAACAGAGCCGCUGGAAAAGGCUACGAAAACGAAGCGUUUUACGAAAAUAUCAAAUUUCAGUUUUUGGGGGUUGAAAAUAUACACGUCAUGAGGAACAGUUUAACCAAAGUUAUUGAAACUUGCGAGCAGAAAAACCCCACAAUGAACAGCUUUUUGAGCGGUCUAGAGUCAAGCGGUUGGUUGCGCCACAUCAAGUCCAUUUUGGACACCUCCUGGUUCAUUGCACAAGCCGUUGACGAUGGCAUAAACGUCGUAGUCCACUGUUCGGACGGCUGGGACCGCACAGCACAAGUUUGCUUCCUAGCGUCCUUGUUACUGGAGCCGUACUACCGUACAAUCACCGGAUUUCAAGUUUUAAUCGAGAAAGAUUGGCUGGCCUUCGGCCACAAAUUCUCCGAGCGCUGCGGCCACAUCCAAGGCGACUCGAAGGAAAUUUCGCCGGUUUUCACCCAACUGUUGGACUGCACGUGGCAGUUGAUGCAACAGUUUCCAUCAGCGUUCGAAUUCAACGAAAAGUUUUUACUGACUUUGCACGACCAUGUCCACUCUUGCCAGUACGGCACGUUUAUCGGUAACAGUGAGAAGGAAAAAAACGAGUUGAGAUUAGCCGAACGGACGUACUCGCUAUGGGGGUACAUGGCCAGUUGUGUGAACGAGUUCGAUAAUCCGUUGUACGAAGCUCGGGACUUCCCCGGUGUGCUAGUCCCGGUUUUAAUACCACAAAACAUAACGUUUUGGAGAGGGAUGUAUUGUCGGUUCGAGUCGGGGGUUCACCCGCGUGAGCCCCAAACCGACUUGCUAUUGGCCACAGUCAACCACACGCAUUCGCUAGACGAUCAUAUUAAGUUUCUGACGAAACGCAUUUCGUCAAUGAAGAGUUUUAUAGCCAAAGCUGUGGAGAAUAAAUUCAAUCGAGUGAAUGAGAGUCGGAGUCGGGGAACCCCAACUGACAAUCGCUACUAUUACGAGAAGACACGCGAGGCUGCAGACCAUGACCAUCCCUUGAAAGAGGCCGAAAGUAGGGACGAAACGCCCUCUAUCACCACACAAAACCUGACAAAAGACCUAGAAUCAGUGGCUCUUGACUGGAAAUCGCUGCGCAACACACACGAGUGCAUUUGCUCGUCUUAUUUCGACCAAAUGAGCAAAAAGACGCACUGUCGCCGGUGCGGCAACAUUUUCUGCACGCGCUGUAUAACGAAAAAAACUAUACUUCCGGGGCAUUUGGAGCAGAGCAAUGUUGCAGUCUGCAAGCCUUGUUACGAAAUUCUAGUCAAUUCGACUGAAACAGAGUGAAGUUGGUUGUGAACUAUAUUUAUUUUUUUAUUUUGCAAAUAUAGCACGCACUGGGUGUAAAGAUUGUUAGUUUAAUACCAUUAUGAAUAAAUUUAUUAUUUACCGGAA